CCUCCCUUCUCACAGCCGCCGCUGCCGCCGCUGCCGCCGCACUCGGCCGCCUACCGCCAGAGCAGCUCACAGAGCCUGGUGACCCUGGUGACCGACAAGCUGGAGAAGAUGGAUGACCGCCUGGACAGACUGGACGUGCGGCUGGACAAGCUGGACACGAGGCUGGACAAGCUGGACGAGAAGCUGCGCGUGGUGGACACCAUGUGGGACACGCGCUACCGCCUGGACACGCUGGACCGGCGCCUGGGCGACCUGGACAGCAAGGUGGAGCGCAGGAUGGGCGAGCUGGACUCGACGCUGGAGCGUCGCUUCGACAAACUGACCGAGUCGGUGGCGUCCCACGACCACAAGGACAGCAGCGCCAAGGACCAGCUGGUGCGCAAGGUGGACAACGUGUACGAGCGCAUCAUCUACAUGGAGAACAACAGCAUCAACAAGAUCCAGGUGACGGCGUCCUCCAUCCUGGACAAGGCGCAGUCCGCGUCCGCGGAGCUGCACCGCGUCGCGGAGCAGGCCGAGCAGGCCGUCGGCCAGGCCGUGGGCCAGGCCCGCGCCGAGCUGCGGGCAGGCUUGGCCGCGUUGCACGCCCAGGUCAACGCCACGCACGACCACGUCCUGAAUGCCACCACGGCCGUGGCCAUGCAGGCUCCCCAGGAGGACGACGAGUCGGAGCGGCGCGUCUGCGUGGAUGCCGGCGAAACGACCACCAAGACGAUCAAGCAGCACAUCGACGUCAAGACGGACCUCAUGUCGAGCAAGGUUAGCAAUCUGUACAACGACAUGUGGCGACGCGUCAACACGCUCGAGUCCACCGUCAAGAGCAUCGUGUCGCUGAGCAACGCGACGAGGCGCGACGUGCAGGCGCUCAACGUGGCCGUGGCGGGCGUGCAGCACGGCAGCAGAGGCUACCCUCGCCAACCGGCGCUCGAACCAGGCAACCUCGAGUACGCCCUCAACCUGCACCACACGGCGCUGGAGCGGCAGCUCCGGGAGCUGCGGGACACGCUGCUGGACGAGCUGCGCAACGUGCAGCAGGUGCAGGACACGUUCCUCAGCACGUGCAACCGGCUCAACGACAAGGACCACAGCAUGGACGAGAAGCUGGGCCGCGUGCUGGUGCACCACACGGAGUACCUGCUGCAGCACCGCAACGUGCUGGCCGAGGUCAAGCGGCAGCUCAAGACGCACAGCACGGUGGCCGGCCGCGCCGCCAGCAACGCCACGGAGGGCAUUAAGCGUCUGGAGGCUGCGGUUCGCGGGCUGACGGAGCACGGUCGGCUGGAGGUGAGGCGGAUCGAGCAGGCGCUGGAGCGGGUGGACAACGCCUCCGUGGCGAUGCAGAAUGCGAGUGACAGAAUGUUGGCGUGUGGCGGCUCCCUCGGCGCUGGGCUGGGCGUCGGGCUGGGCGUCGGGCUGGGGGCUGGCGCGGGGCUGGCCGAGGAGGAGGCCGCUUGGUCCGAACUUCUGCAGCACAACGAGUCGCUGGUCACGGUCACGGCACCCAACUCUCAGCCCGCCAUUUCAACGGCCACUAGUACAGCCAGCUCGCCCAGCACCACGGCCGCCAGCGUGGACGGCGUGGACCUCGCCCUGGUGGACAGCAACGGCCUCCAACGGCCGCCGCCAAAGGAGCCCCCGGGCGGCCAGGGCCAGGGCCAGGGCCUCGGUCAGGUGUCGCAAGAGGGGGCGGCCGGCAACGGACUGCACCGGGAACAGCGGAGGGGGGCCGUCGAGCAGCAAGUCCACUCGACGGACAGCAGUCAGGACAGCGUGACGGACCUGAGCUCGGUGGACGAGGACGACUACGCCGAGACGGACGACGACGAGGCGGACUUGCUUGAUUAGACUCGAUUGGACGCAGUUGGGCUAGCCUGGGCUAGCCUGGGCUAGCCGACAGCACCUCGAACGCGUGUUGAAGAUGUUGCCCUGUGCAGUAUGCUUGAGUGGGAGACCAUCUCACUCGGACAGUCGGUGUACCAAAACCAAUCUCUACUUUAAGUAACAUUGAAAAUGUGCCUUCAUUACUGAAAGAAAUGUGUUUAUUUUGGUGAACAUAUCUCAUUAAUUAUUGAUUAAGGCAAUUAUUUCUGAUUUCACAUGUAAGUAGGAUAUUUAAAAUAUAUGUUAAGAAUACAAACAUCUACUUCACUGAAAUAUGGGUGAAAAUCAUAUUCCAAUAAAUUUAUGAAAUAAAAAGUAAGCUUUGAUACAGAACAGACUUGAAAA